AGAUCCGGAUGCGUAUCUGUAUCUGGCCAACCGGCAUGUUUCUGAAGCCACACGGACGGGUGCAUCUCGACGCCCAAAUCCAUGGCGAGCUCGCCGCGAUCUCCUCCGCCGGCGCCUACGCCGGAAUUCGAGAUCUCUCGGCAGUCCCGUCUCUUUGCGGCGUUGUCCAAGAAGGUGAUAGAUCUCGAUGAACUGAGGAUGCUGGCGGCUCAGGGAGUCCCAGACGCCGCGGGCGUCCGGGCAACUGUGUGGAAGCUGCUACUGGGCUAUCUGCCCAAUGACCGCUCGCUGUGGGAGCAGGAGCUGGCAAAGAAGAGAGCACAGUACGCUGCUUUCAAAGAUGAGUUCCUUAGAAACCCUGUAGGUAGAAAUAUCGCGACAGGUGCAACAGAAGGCCACCACAACGUAAAUGAAGAGCAUGUUGACAAUGGGUUCCUGCACAGGUCAGAGGUAACAAGAGAGGAGCACCCUUUAAGCCUUGGGAAGACCAGUGCUUGGAAUCAGUUUUUUGAGUGCUCAGAGAUUAUGGAGCAGAUUGACCGUGAUGUAAAGCGCACCCACCCUGACAUGCAUUUCUUCUGUGGCGAUUCAUCUUUUGCAAAGUCCAAUCAGGAAUCUUUGAAAAAUGUACUGUUAAUCUUUGCCAAGCUGAAUGCUGGAAUAAGAUAUGUACAAGGGAUGAAUGAAAUUUUGGCACCGCUCUUCUUUGUAUUUCGGAGUGAUCCGGAUGAUAAAAAUGCUAAAUUUGCGGAAGCGGAUUCAUUCUUUUGCUUCGUUGAGCUGCUUAGUGGGUUUAGAGACAACUUCUGCCAGAAACUAGACAACAGUGCUGUUGGCAUUCGAGGUACACUAGCCAAGUUAUCACAGCUUGUAGCAACGUAUGAUGGAGAACUCCAACAUCAUUUGGAAGUAACUACAGAAGUUAAUCCCCAGUUCUAUGCAUUCAGAUGGAUAACGUUACUGCUGACCCAGGAAUUCAACUUUGCCGACAUCAUUCACAUUUGGGACACACUAUUAAGUGAUCCCGAUGGCCCCCAGGAAACCUUGCUCAGAAUAUGCUGUGCGAUGCUGAUCCUUGUCCGGAAGCGCCUCUUGGCCGGCGAUUUCACCUCCAACCUCAAGCUCCUGCAGAAUUACCCGCCAACGAACAUCAGCCACCUCCUCUACGUCGCCAACAAGUUGCAGUGAGCCGAUCUCUUUUGCGCCUGAAGCACUGCUGUGUUUGUUCAGCCAAAGCUGUGGCUGAGUCCUAGCAUUGCAACAGAAACACAGAACUGACCAGUUGCGGCGAUAAUGGUUUAUGUAUCUUGUCCGUUAAUCUGACGCCCUGCAUUCUGUAACAUGUAUCUGUUCAUCUGGCAACGAUUUCUAGUAUCCCAGUUAAUUAAGGUGACAUGAUUAUACUAUCUAAGCUUAUAUGCUGACCGGUUCUUCUUUGAUAA